AUGCUUGAUACAGAAGAUAUAGAUUUUACAAAUGAGGCAACCAUAAAAUUUGCUGAGAGUAAAGAAACAUUUGAAAUUAAUUAUAAUGAACAAAAAGGGGUAGAGGGUCCAUUAAAAUUAACAGGACAUUUGGUUGAAGAUAGUCAUAAUAAUACUUAUGAUUCGGAAGCCAUUAAAAAAUGUUUAAUGAUUUUUGAUGAGGAAACGAAUACAUGGUCAUUAGAAAUGGUGGGAUCUAGUUAUCAUGUUAGUAAAGGCGAGUUUGAUAAUUUUGAAACAUCUAGUGAACUGCAAGAAUUUGCUAAAGAAUUUGAUUUCACUAUGAGACAAUCAUCUGAAGAUGAUGGAAUGGUCGAAGAAGUAGAAAAACAUGGUUAUAAUAAUUCAUCAGAUUCAGCUUCAUCUGAUAAUAGUAGCAGUGGUGUAUUAGAUUCUGAAUUUGCUGAACUUGCAACAAUGAUGAAAACUUCGUUGAAUCAAGAAAAUGGAAUCAAUAGUUUAAAUCCAAAUCAUAAUUCAGGUCCUGUGUCAUUGGAACAAUAUUUGGGUGGUGGAGUGGCUCCUCAUCAUAAACAAUCUGAGCAAUCACAACUAUAUAUCAACUUUUUUGGGGGUAAAGAUAAAUAUUCUUCUUUUCAGAAAUAA